AUGGGUAUUAAAGGUUUAAACUCGAUCAUAACUGAGCAUGUGCCAAGCGCUAUAAGAAAGAGCGAUAUCAAGGCGUUCUUUGGCCGUAAGGUGGCCAUUGAUGCGUCCAUGUCCUUGUAUCAGUUUUUAAUUGCUGUACGACAACAGGAUGGUGGCCAGCUUUCUACUGAAACCGGUGAGACUACAUCACAUUUGAUGGGUAUGUUCUAUAGAACUCUGAGGAUGAUUGAUAAUGGUAUCAAGCCAUGUUAUGUGUUUGAUGGUAAACCACCCGUUUUAAAAUCCCAUGAACUAGAUAAGAGAACCAGCAGAAGGGAAGAAACCGAAAAGAAGCUGGCUGAAGCCACAGAAGAAGCAGAGAAGAUGAAGCACGAGAGAAGGUUGGUAAAAGUCUCCAAAGAGCAUAAUGAUGAGGCUAAAAAGCUGUUAGAACUUAUGGGAAUUCCUUAUGUUAAUGCACCAGGUGAAGCAGAAGCUCAAUGUGCCGAGCUAGCCAAGAAGGGUAAAGUAUACGCUGCUGCAAGUGAAGACAUGGAUACUCUCUGUUACAGAACUCCAUAUCUAUUAAGGCAUUUAACAUUUUCAGAAGCAAGAAAAGAACCCAUCCACGAGAUCAAUACAGAAAUUGUCUUGCAAGGCCUUGAGCUAACCAUCGACCAAUUCAUUGACUUGGGUAUAAUGCUUGGUUGCGAUUACUGUGAUAGUAUCAAAGGUGUAGGCCCAGUAACAGCAUUGAAGCUGAUGAAAGAGCACGGCUCAUUGGAGAAGAUUGUCGAAUACAUCGAGUCAGGUGAAGCCAAUAACAAGUGGAAAGUUCCUGAGAAUUGGCCAUACAAGGAGGCCAGAGAAUUAUUUGUUAAGCCAGAUGUCAUUGAUGCCAAUGAAAUUGAUCUGAAAUGGACUCCACCAAAGGAGGACGAACUGAUACAAUAUUUGUGCCACGAAAAGAAAUUCAGUGAAGAAAGAGUGAGGUCAGGUAUCAAGAGAUUACAAAAGGGCCUAAAAUCCGGUGUACAAGGUCGUCUUGAUGGUUUCUUCAAAGUCGUCCCAAAGACAAAAGAACAAUUAGAGGCUGCUGCUGCAAAGGCCAAGUUAGCGAAAAAAAAUGCUAAAGGAGCCAAGGGUAAGGUCACAAAGAGACGUUAA